GGCUCAACUUCCGGUUCUUUCUGUGGUUCCACAACACGCACGUCUAUCAGGCUGUUUUUAAACUCCCUUUUGGUGUCAUGAGUGCUGACAAUUGCGGUGGAAACGUGUCUCUGCCUUUACGGAAUCUACUGAACUCCAUCCAGUGCAUCAGAGACCGAGUCCGAGAUGGCGAAUCCAAAGAGUCCGACGGGCGGUUCAACCUCUCCAACUUCUGGGCCUCUCUGAACCAGGCGGUGAAGGUCGUGUCCCAGGAAGCCACCAAGCUCAGCCUGGCCUUCUCCAAACCGCCGCUGCCUUCACAGCAGGACGUGGAGAAGCUCUCCGAGUCCACGCUGCAGAGCGUCCUGAGUCUGUCCACAGUGUACUACUGGCUGCCGAAGAGCCACGGCGUCAGUCUGCGCCGACAGGUCCGAGAAGCCACCGUCGGGGUUCUGGAGGGCGUCGGGCAGCUGGUGGAGGUCAUCCUGAGCUCCCCUCUGCAGAGUCUGUCCCAGGACCAGUUGAUAUCAACAGGAGGUGUUUGGUCAGCCUGUGACCACUUUGCCCAGUUGCCACAAGAUAAUAAGAAGGCUGUCUUGAUGGUUCUGUCCGAUCAGAUUGGAGUUGUGAAAGACGCCAUCGAGGAAAUGGAGCAGGCGUUGUCCGAGGCCCAGGAACCGUACAGUGACGUCCUCGACGGCGACCAGGAGCCAUCGAGCAACCAGGACACCUACUGGUCGGAGAAGGACCGGCGCGUGAUUGGUCCGUGCCAGGGGCUGAUGAAGGCGUCGGCGGCGUGCCUGAAGAAGCUGACGUCGGCCGUCAAAGCCAACGGCGACGUCUCCACGUCCCAGAACCUCGCUCAGCUCGACGACCUGGCGGACAUCACCAAGGCGAUCAGUCCUGGUCUUGAUGACCUGGCUCUCUGCCUCUACCCACCAAUGGAGUACAGCGGAGUAGAGAGCAACGUGUCUAAAUUGGCGGCUUUGUUAAAGAAAGUUCUGGAGAUCAUCAGGUCCAGCCACGUGUGUGGGGAAUCACAGCUGACCUGGGUUCAGUUCUUAGAGGGAGCCGUCGAUCACAACCUGCAAAAAGCCAAAGACCUCAUUCAGCAGGACAGCUAGUGUGUGUGUGUGUGUGUGUGUGUGUGUGUGUGUGUGUGUGUGUGUGUGUGUGUGUGUGUGUGUGUGUG